GCAAUGCAUUGAUGAGGGCUCGCGUUUCUUUCUGUGGUACAAAUGAAAACUAAAACCUUAGUAUUUGGUUUUUAUUAAUUAUCUUUUCCGUUACAUUUUUCUACAGUAAUGGCGAUGUCGGAUUUGGGGAUUUAGAUGGCAGGGAUAGACUAUUGCACGGUUCUACCCUCCUGGGACUUUGAUAAAGAUCCGGCUGUUGUUGUAGAAUACUAUUUCGGUCAAGAACCAAGCUCACAGACUGAUGACAACAAUACAGAGUCUGGACCCCAGUUCUGUCAGGACCUGAACCCCAAAAACUGUCUCACGGUGACCAGGGUGGAGGGUGAGGAGGAGGCAUGUACUGUAACCUUGACCUGCAAACCUCAGUACCAUGUCAGCAUAUGUGGCCUGCAUGUGUACAGUCAAGCUGGCCUGAUGGAAAUCUACGAUGCCAGUGAGGGGUAUCUGAAGACGGUCCGGGGGCAGAGAGUGAGGAUGAUGGGUGACGAUGAAGGGGGAGAGGAGACGGAGGUGGUGUUUAGAUGUAGGUCAUCGCUGGACACCUGUUAUGGACUGACCAUAAAGUUUCCAAGGCUACAGGGAACAAGUACCCUCAAGCUUUACAAAGUUGUCUUCAUACUCCACCCAGAACCUGAGGAUGAAUACAGUAGAAAUGGAGGUGAAAUAGGUCAAAUUAAUAUGUCAAAGGUCAGAAGUUAUGUCACAAGUCUUGGAGACAACCUCCCCGAGGGAGCCAGGGGGCUGAUGCAGUCAAUGGAAGAGUACCAGCAGAAUCAAAGAUCCUCAAUGUCAGGGUUGUCCAAUCUUCUUGGCCAGCGACCGAUGUCCGCAGGGUCACCACUUGGAAUGAUGGGAUUAAUGUCUAUGUUCUCUCAGAUGGGAGUCAAGUCGAGUCAGUUACCGAAUCGGCCUUCACACAGCCAUUCAAAUCCCAGCAGUUUGUCCCAGGGAGCAACAGGAAAUCGUCCAAGUAGUUCAAACAGCGAAGAAUCUGCAGAUGUGUUUUCAUUGUUACAUAACAUUUGUGACAAAGUUUCAGGAAUGAGGGAGGAUGAGAAAAGAAAAGCCAAAGAGAGUGAUGAAGCCAGAAGGGAGGAGAAUGGAACAGCAGUUGAACAACCUAAUUUGGACAAUACUCAGAUGAACAGUAAUAAUGGAAAUUCUGUGGAAGAAAUAAGCAGUGAGGACAUUGAUAUUUCUGUUAGACCUCCAAACAUUCUGGACACUAAGUUAGACGCUCUAGAGCAGAGACUCUUAAAUCACAUUGACCUAAAGAUAAGUGAAAUGGAAACACGAAUCAAUUCCAAACUUGACAAUAUCCUUCACCAGCUCUCAAGAAAGUCUACGACAGAAACAGAGUCCUGACACUGAAAUGGUGUACAUGCGUGCCAUGUUAAUUUGUGUAAAAGCUAUCCAGGGUAGCAAAGAAUUCAAACUGAACAAUGCCAAUAUUCUUCCCAAUUAGGCCUAUAAAAAAAAAUUUGUAUGUUAAGGGUAACACUGAUGAAAAAAUUAGGUUAGGUAGAUAGGGAUUUUUUUUUUAUUUUAUCAUAUAUUUUUAUGCAUGAUUCCUAAGAGUGUUUGUUUUUGUCAUAUAUAAAAAUGGGUUUUUAAUAGAAAUAAUAUAAAAAAUCAUAAUCUGAUAAAAACAGACAUCUAAAAAUGGUAGGAUCGGGGCUUGUAGGUUAGGUAGAGUUACCCUAAACACACAACAUUUUUUUUUUUUAGGCCUUACAUUUACAUGUAAUAAUUUGAUAUCAAUGAUUUAAAAAUUGACAAAAGGCUAUGUUUAAGAGCUUACUAGGUUUAACUAUUAUUGAUUUCAAUGUAUUAUUAAUGAUUUGCCCUUCCCCUUUUCCAGUAGUAUAAAUGAGUUUUUUUCAAGUGUGUGUUUGAUUGAAAAUUUUUUUUUAAAAAGAUUACGCAAUAACUAUGUUUUUAAGGGUUUUUAUAAAAAUACUCAUUUAUUAAUUAGCCAAUGUGCCAUUGUUUUGGAUUCAUGUAAGCCUAGGCUGUCUUUUAAAAUGUGCUGAAUCACUUAUAAUGUCAAGGUCAUUUGUCAAGUUCAUGGUCAGUUGCAAAGUGAAUUACUGUAUGUACUCGGUUAAGCCACACUCAAUGGCAAAAUGCAUAUCAAAUAUGACUUUUAAUUUUUGACAUUUGUGUCAUGUUUAGCAUUUUUUAUAUAAUCAGUUUCUAAAAUAGCACAAGGACUCAUCUUAUCUAUUUCUUUCAAUGUAUAUUUAAAGGGGCAUGGUCACGAUUUUGGUCAAAUUUUAUUUUUCUGUUUUUAUUAUUUACAAUGCUUUAGGAAUGCAUUUCUAAUGAUCUAAUGAAAUUUGGGUGCCAGUCGUUGAGUUUUAAGCAAGAUACAGGGCUUACAAUUCUUUGUCAUGUAAACAAGGCUCGUGCCCUGUUUUUGUUUACAUAGGUCCAAUAUACCAGUAAUAAGUCUUUUUAAAGCUGGUUUGUCUAUCUUAUUAUUCAUUUAAAGCAUAAAUAAACAGUUUCUAACGAUAAACACAUUCAUUUUAGGUCUAAAACUGGAAUUUUCACUUCAACAUUCAAAAUGUAAACAAACGCUUUGUUUACAAAGCGAAGAAUUGUAAGCUCUGUAACUCGCUUAUGACUCAUCAAAUGAGACUCAAAUUUUGGUUGCCUAUUAAAAAUGCCUUACUGAAGCAUUGUAAACAUUAAAAUCCAAAAAAUAAUUUUUGACCAAAAUCGUGACCAUGCCCCUUUAAGCAAAAAUGCCAUAAAUUGUGUCAUGUUUAACGUAUUAUAUUAUUGGUUUGAUUUUUUUAUUAUUUAUUUCACUUUUGUGAUGCAGUUUACAUUACAUACAAUUAUAUGUAUAUGUAUUUUUUAAAAAUUCAUUUAAUUUUCGGGGUAUUUAACUGAUUUAUCUGGUAUAUUUUGAGAAUGCAAACAUAUUGUGUAUUGAUUAAUGAGAGUUUAAUUAACAGUGUUUUGUGUUUGAACAUGUAUAUGACCUCUUGUCAUUUCUUUUGAUAAUAUAAAUUGGAAUAAUUUUU